AGACGUCAAGCAGCAGCAGCAGCAGCAGGAGCACUAAAACAAGAAGAAGACAACAAGAUGGUGGCCAAGCAGAGGAUUAGGAUGGCCAACGAGAAGCACAGCAAGAACAUCACACAGAGGGGAAACGUGGCCAAGUCCACGAGGAACCUGGCGGACGACAAAGGCGUCGGACCCUGGCUGCUCGCCCUCUUCCUCUUCGUGGUCUGCGGAUCAGCUAUCUUCCAGAUCAUCCAAAGCAUCCGGAUGGGCAUGUAGCCAAGACAUCAGCGCCGCACGGCCGCCGCCGCCGCCUACGACAUCCGUCGCCGUGACGCGACCCCGGCUGCCGACCUCGCCGAUACGUUCCUGAACUUUGACCUGCUAUCAUUCCGAACUGGAUCCGUCACACGUGCGGGACGCUCACGUGCGGCUCUUUGCCGAACGUGUCGCCGCGGACGACCUUCUCACUGUUGUUUAUCUGUGCCUAAGCUCCGCAGCCCCACCGCUGAUGAGGCCUUAUUGGACAGACAGGUGGGGGCGGGGUCAAAUGCGCCUUAUGACCAAAACGAGUGUGCGUGUGUGACAAUAAAGUUUGUUUUGAAUACCAGGCGUUA